GCAGCCAAAGCGAAGCAGUGCUACGUCUUUUCCAAUUCCAAUUAUAUAUUGGCGUCCAAAGUUGAUUGUUGUCAAUGCGUGACACUAUAAAAGCGCUUUGUGUUGAACUCCCAUCUUAUUUACCCACUUUUUAUUCUUCUCUUUAUUCUUCUACAAUCAUUUAUACAAUCGUCGUUGCUGCUCACACUUCUCUGAUUAUAAUCACUAUCAUCAACAGUUUUGAUACAAAUAUAUACGUUCUUCUGCUUGUCAACUGCGUUCCUCUCCCCUUCAGGAUCCUAGAGAUCACACCCUCCUGUCUCCCGAAAUGGUGAUUGAAAACUACUCGCCUUCUGUCUUGUACUCUUCUCCUCCUCAUGUAAUUGAUUGGAUGCGACAAAGAAUCUUUAGUGCGAAUAAUUUGACACAUUUGUAUUCUGGAAGCGGGAUUUUGGUAUCUUCUCUGGCUUGGGAGGAUAAAGAACUUUAUCAUCACACUACCUCUCUACCCUCUGGAGAUAAUCAGGUUCACCAUCUUCUUAGAAAAGAGAAUAUAAGUGAGAAUCUCGAUAAAGGGGAUGUUGAGAACACUCGGUCACAUUCAGAAAGAAAGAAAAAUUUAGCCAAAAUACAAAAUACGCCUCGCGUUGCCCACAUCAACAAUGCAUCGAAGAGAACCACGCUAGUUGAAUACCCUAAGAUUUGCAAAGAUAAAAAGGCCGACCUUUAUAAAACCGAAAUGUGUCGUAACUGGCAAGAGAUUGGUUACUGCAGGUACGGAAAAAAAUGUAGGUACGCGCACGGCCACACUGAACUACGAGCUGUCAAAAGACAUCAACGAUACAAGACUGAAGUAUGUCGCACAUACCACGAAACUGGAACCUGUCCGUACGGGGUUCGCUGUACAUUUAUCCAUGAUGAAAAAAGUUCCGCCAAUCCCAACAUUGUAUUCCUCAAUGGAAAGAAACCUAAAGCGGAAAAAGGAAAAAUUUACAACACUCAUGUUGUCGCUGGCGCACGCAAUGCUCCCUCAAGCCCAGACCUUUCUAUCGACUCUACUUGUUCAUCAACCUUCCUUCUAUCCGACCAAACAGUUCCAUCGCUUGAUGAUAUAUCCGACUCUGCUGAUAUAUUCAUCGCCAACAACUCUGGAGUUACUGCCGGUCUUGUAGCUCAGGACCAGUUGCAUAAUUUUGAGGAACUCGAUCACGUCAGCAUCACUGAUAGUUUCAUUAAAAUUUCCAACAGCAGUGAGCCCUUCGAAAACAAUAGCUGUGAUACCCCAGUGUGUAGUAACGCAGUCUCGAGUAGUUUCGAGCGUGAUCACUAUAACCUGCCAUGGAUCAAGUCAAUAGACUCUAUCGCUCCAACACUAUCCGAUUACUUUGAAAAGUUUGGUAGCGAGGACGGAUAUCAACUUCAUAAAAAACCAUUUCAAAAGAAUGCAUUUAAAGACGAGGCAGUCAAAGGUAUUUCAACUAGAAUAGCGUCGUCCGACAGGUUCAGCUGGCAGACUUCAGAUCACCGACAUGUUAAUAUCGUAUGAUUGAUAUGUCCUGUGGAUGUUCUUAUAUUUGAACAAUCUGGUCUGCUUAUUAUAAAGGUUGC